UAUAUUCCCUAACACCUGACAUCAGUGGUGCAUAUGGCAUAAUAUGAAAAAGAUCCCGAAAAAGUUGAAUGGGUACAACGCAUAUGAGAGUAUUAGUUGGUGUAUGCGUAGGGCAAUUUAUGCUUCACUUACCAUAAAACAAUUUGAGGAUGCUUGGGAUGUGUUCAUCAAGAAGUACGAGCUUCAAAGUAACACAUGGUUAGAGGGGUUGUAUUUGGAGAGGAAACGGUGGGUGCCUGCUUAUUUGAAUGAUGUGUUUUGGGCGGGGAUGUCAUCCACACAAAGAAGCGAGAAUAUAAAUGCGUAUUUUGAUGGUUACGUUCAUUCAAAGACGACCCUGAAACAAUUUGUAGGACAAUAUGAAAAUGCAUUGGGGAAUAAGGUGGAAAGUGAAAAUCAAGCAAAUGUGAAAAGUUGGAACACUUUCAUCCCUUUAAUGACUGAAGAUGAGUUGGAAAAGCAAUUUCAAAGUGUUUAUACGCAUGCAAAGGUUAAAGAGUUUCAGAAACAAUUUUUCGAUAAAAUUCAUUGUUUCUGUGAUAAGCCGGCAAAAGUUGAUGGUAUCGUGUCCGAACAUGAGACAAAUGAAUGGGUUACAUAUGGCGAAGGAGAAGAGAAAAAGAGGAUUCAAGUGGCAUUUACUGUUGAUUUUAAUGCUGAAACCAAUGAAACACAUUGUAAUUGUCGAUUGUUCGAGUCUAGAGGAAUGGUGUGUAAACAUCAACUAUUUGUGUGGCAUCAAAAGGGAAUUGAAAGAGUGCCUGACAAGUAUGUGUUAAGAAGAUGGUGUAAAAAUGUGAAAAGGGUCCACACAAAAGUUCGAAUCUGUUACGAUAAGUCAUCAAUGUCAAUUGAAGCACGUCGACAUGACAACAUGUGCAAUAUCUUUAAUGAAGUUGCUGAUUUAGCGGAAGAAUCUCAAGAGAAGUAUGAUAUGGUGAUGAAACGGGUACGCGAGCUAAAACAAGAGUUGAUGGAAGCGUUAGUUGUUUGUGAAAGUAAUGUGGUUUCACUUGGUGAUGACACACGAGUACUCGUAAAAGUUCUUUUUCACUUGGAGAUGGAGUUAUACCUCCUAAAUAGAGCACAAACAUACUUGACCAGGAAGGUCUUCGAUGAAAAGGGAGACCGCCGUGCAAAAGAAAGAUCGAUGCUGUGGAAAAAGCUAUUAAGAAGAAAAGACAAACAUCUAAGAAGCCAUUGUCCAACGAAAAAUCUAAGGAGGUUGAGGAGAUUGUGGUUAGCCACCAUAUCGAGACACAAAAGAGUAUUAUAAAUGUAAAUGUAAGAUUUUUUUUAAUUGCAUAAUUUCAUGCGUCAUGUAAUUGUUAUUCAAAAUUCUUUUUUUUUAAUGGGCAGGGCCACCCAAGCUACAUGGGACACUCAAUGUGGCCAAACAUGAUGCCACAUCCUAUACGACCAAAUAUGGCACAAGGUGGAAGCAUCUUUCCAUUUUCCCCAACUUUAUGCCCCACCGGAACAAGCUUGAACCAAUUUAUGCCUUCUUUUCCAAGUUCACAAAGCUUAUUAAAUAGUCAAGUUUGGAGGGGUCAAUCAACUAUUGCCGGUAGUCAAGGUUGGGAAGGAGGACAAUCAAAUAUUUUGGAAGCUCAAGGUCAAUAUUGGGGAGGACUACAACCAAGUAUGCUAGAAAGUCAAUGGCAAGGAUGCGGAGGACAACAAAGUUAUAUGCAAAUGAUGAAUGCACCCGAUAAUGUUGAAGAGUAGUUCACUUGCUUGUAUUUUUUUAAAAUCGUGUGUCCCCUUUUGUGUCCUUGAAAGUUGUAGUUUUGCGAAACCUAACUUCGAUUGUAAGUUUGUAACCUAUUUGUGUGACUGUUGUUUUAUGGUUUUUGUUGGGAAUGGAUAAUUUGGCAAUGGAUUGUAACCUGAUGU